AUGGUUAUAUUACGAUGUUUGCUUAAUCCGGCAGUUGGUACAAAAAUGGUAUGGGUGGCAGUGAUCGGUGAUUGGUUCAAUCUUAUAUUUAAAUGGAUUUUAUUUGGUCAUCGUCCAUAUUGGUGGGUUCAAGAAACAAUGAUUUAUCCUAACCAAGCAAUCCCAUGUCUUGAGCAGUUUCCUAUAACAUGUGAAACGGGCCCAGGCACGCUCAGUGCGGAGGCGUUUGAGCAUACCUCGUCCAUUCAGACCUCGAGCUUAAAAACAUACAUCAAGGCAAACGCGUUCCUCUUCUUUUCCGCUCUGGGCUUUUACUUGGAUCUCGAGCUUAUUGAUAUUGCUCUUCUGUGGUCUGUUCCCAAGGCGAAAAAAUGGUGCGCCAACCCAGAGUGGGUCACAACUCCCUUUGCUGGCCUGGUGAGAAAUGUCGGUGCCCUCUUUGGGCUGGGUCUCAGCAUUCAUUCGGAAAUGUUCGUCCCGAGUUGUAAAGUUAAAUGUGGCCACAGGGGCAGUUUCAGGAGAUCAUGCACAGCAGCUUCUUUAGCUAUACUUCAGCUCUAUGCUUUUAUUAAGAUACCUGCCCGCACCGAGUAUUUUUUCUACGUCCUCUCGUUCUGUAAAAGUGCAGCUGUACCUCUCACUGUGGUGGCUUUGGUUCCAUAUUGCGUACAUGUGCUAAUGAAGUCAACAGCGGGGCUGGGGACUUCCAUUGACGUCACGGUCGAUUUUGGCAUGGAAAAGCUAGGAACAUCAAAAUUAUGCGGUGACUGA